AUGAACCAAUUGAACAAUUGGAAUUUGUCAUCGCAUGGAGAAAAUGAUGAUAAUGACGCAUUGUUAAAUGAAUGGCGAAAACUGGUAAAGCUUUGCAGACAAAAGAAAUGUCCGUUUCAAUUAAUUUACCGAUACGAUGGUGUAUUUGGCCCUCAAUGGGCAAAUCCAGCAGAUAUGUUUUAUUUGCAAGAAGAACCACGUAUUCAAAGAAUUCAAUCAUCUGAAACAAAACAACUGUGCGUGUCUUCAUCAAAAUUAAAGUCAAAACUCUAUCAUGACUUAUUGGAGGCAACAGUUAUUUUGGAUCAAAGCGCCAGUAAUUAA